ACUUUAAUUCACCCUUUGUGAGUCAAAUCAGAAGUCUCUUUGCACCUAUUGUGCUCCGACCCAUUACACUGGUUUGACCAUCAUGCUGCCUACAUUAGUAAUUCUUGUGGGGUCUUGGGCAACACUGCAAGCUGACUUACUUUCUGACAAAAAGGUUUUACUUCUGCCACCUGUCAAUUUUACCAUUAAAGCCACUGGAUUAGCCCAAGUUCUUUUACAAUGGGACCCAAACCCUGAUCAAGAGCAAAGCAAUGUUGAUCUACAAUAUCAUGUGAAAAUAAAUGCUCCACAAGAAGAUGAUUAUAGUACCAGGAAGACUGACAGCAAGUAUGUGGCCCCUCUGCAUGAUGGUUUUGCAGCUAGUGUGAGAAGCAUCCUAAAGAGAAGCCACAUUUUCCUGGCCAGCAGUUGGGUUUCUGCUGAACUCAAAGCUUCACCAGGGUCUUCUGGAACCUCAGUUAUGAAUUUGACGUGUACCACAAACACUGUCGUGAGUAGUCACACCCACUUAAGGCCAUACCAAGUGUCUCUUCGCUGCACCUGGCUUGUUGGCAAGGAUGCCCCUGAAGACACACAGUACUUCCUAUACUAUAGGUUUGGUGUUUGGACUGAAGAAUGCCAAGAAUACAGCAGAGAUACACUGAACAGAAAUACUGGAUGUUGGUUUCCCAGGACAUUUAUCAACAGCAAAGGGUUUGAGCAGCUUGCAGUGCACAUUAAUGGCUCAAGCAAGCGUGCUGCAAUCAAGCCCUUUGAUCAGCUGUUCGCUCCACAUUCCAUUGAUCAAGUAAAUCCUCCAAGGAAUGUCACAGUUGAACUUGAAGAAACUUCUCUUUAUAUCCAAUGGGAGAAACCAGUUUCUGCCUUUCCAGUCCAUUGCUUUAACUACGAAUUGAAAAUUCACAACACAAAGAAUGGCUACUUGCAGAUGGAAAAACUGGCCACCAACAAAUUCAUCUCAAAAAUUGAUGAUGUUUCUACAUAUUCUAUUCAAGUGAGAGCAGUUGUGAGCUCAUCUUGCAGAGUAUCUGGAAGCUGGGGCGAGUGGAGUCAACCUAUUUAUGUGGGAAAGAAGAAGCUCUUGGCAGAAUGGCAUCUCAUUGUGUUUCCAGCAACCGCCUGCUUUGUCUUGUUAAUUUUCUCACUCAUCUGCAGAGUGUGUCACGUAUGGAUCAGGCUAUUUCCACCAGUUCCAGCCCCUAAGAGCAACAUUAAAGAUCUCCUUGUGGUGACUGACUAUGAGAAAGUUGCUUGGAAUGAAACCAAAAUUGAAGUUGUAAGUUAUGUGGAAGAGGCUGGAUUUGAAGUCAUGGAAAACUCCAUGUUUUAACGGCAUCAUGAUAUUCUGAAAAGAAUUCAAAUAGGACUCCAUGAUAAAGGCAAGAACUGAUAUUUCUUGGCAACCAAGAAUUUCAAAUGAACACACAGCACACAAUUUGAUUGCGAGGCAACAAAUCCAGACACACGAGUCUCCAAUGUCUCAUCUCUUGAAGUGUACAAAUCUCAUCAAACCACCUGGCUCACAGCAGGACAAUGAACACAUCUGAGCAGGGCACCUCGUUUUCCCUCCCACAGUAUAUAAAGUAUCACCCGGCCUGGUUAUACAGGCCAGUCUUUGCAAUUUGCAUGACUUACUUUGAAUAUCACAUGUUAAUUUGGUUUGAGCUGCCAACAGUAGCACUUUCAGCUAUAGUGAUGGGAAGAAACAGUGGAACCCAUCCAGAGUGAACCCAAAUACAGGGCUGUCUUUCCCGCAGCAAGUG